UCAAAUUGUGUUGCAUAUUUUAAUUGGGAAUCUAUCGUUUUGAAUUUUAGGAGAUUACGAACAAGCUUAUCUCUGAUACUUUGUUCUAACUUCUUGACAUAUGGGUUUUAGGUUCUCGCGUUCCUUCCUGAUUCUUUCCCACCCUAGUGUUUGGGUUUUGUUUUUCUGGAAUGUGACAUCGUUAUGUUAAGGAGGCAAGGUUUGCGGUUGCUUGGUCUUGGAAUCAAUAGAUCAGAUUGGGGUGUGAUGGCUUUACUUUAUAAUAAGGAUACUUUUUUGGCGGGUUUCCAUGGGUUUAGUCGAGUGUGUGUCGCAAAGGAGCGGUAUCGAUUUCCUGGAAAGCCUUGGUUUGAUGUCUCUGGCAGUUUUCAAAUAAAUGCCAUGGAUGCCUUGAGCUUGAAAGGCUGCUCUGAUCGCAGCAGCGGCUGCCUUUAUAGAAGAGUUGACAAUGGAUUCCAUAAACCUUGUGCAUUGGCUCCAUACAAACAGCUGGUUCGUGAUUCGGAGGUUGGGCUUGAAAGAGGCACAGCUGCUUGGUUGACGAAUGGCUCUGGAACGUAUCAACGUGGGAGCCCUCUUGGAUUCCCGGACCAUCCAAUGCCCAAGAAACUCAUUGUUGCUGUUGACGUGGAUGAGGUUCUUGGAAGCUUCAUUUCAGCAUUGAACAAAUUUAUUGCCGAUCGAUACUCUUUGAAUUGCUCAGUUUCAGAGUAUCAUGUCUAUGAGUUCUUUAAGAUAUGGAAUUGUUCACGUGAUGAAGCUGAUAUCCGAGUCCAUGAAUUCUUUAAGACUUCUUAUUUCAAGACAGGGAUCCAUCCAAUACCAGGUGCUCAGAGGAUUCUCCAUAAGUUAUCUUCAUUUUGUGAUCUAUCAGUCGUGACGUCUCGGCAAAAUGUAAUCAAAGACCACACAAUUGAGUGGAUUGAGAAACACUACCCUGGACUGUUUCGGGAGAUUCACUUUGGCAAUCACUUUGCCCUGGAUGGGAAGUCGAGACCAAAAUCAGAUAUUUGCAGGUCCUUGGGAGCACAAGUACUGAUCGAUGAUAAUCCACGAUAUGCUGUUGAAUGUGCUGAAGUUGGAAUCAGGGUUCUUCUUUUUGAUUAUCAGAAUUCAUAUCCUUGGUGCAAGACCGGGUCGGAUAAUUUACACCCCUUGGUGACUAAAGUUCAUGACUGGGAAGAAGUAGAGCAACAGUUAGUCUCAUGGAUAAUAUCCUAGCUUCUCCAACUGAUCCGAUGAUCACAAGGCGCCAUUCAACGUCCUUGAACUGUUUUAUACUUCAAUAAUAUUGGAUAGAUGCAGAAAAUUUAAGCUUUUAGUUGGCCAUGCUUUUUGGCAAAAUGGCAGAAACCGGUCAAAUGGGAUUCGGUUA